AUGAGGCCCCAAACAGCAAACACAUUCGCCGCCACUGCGCGAUGGAGCAUACAACCCGCCGCUGCUACGCCUGCAAGCGCAUAUGGAAGAGCUGCAGCGUAUAGACGGAUAUCGACACUGCCAAGAGCUUCGCAAGUCCCCUCCGCACGCACCUCACUCCCACCCACACCCACACUUUCCUCUCAACGCUUCCUCCGCAGCGAGUUCUUGCCCCAAGAUGUUCUCUUCCGCACGUCAUCCGCAUACGCCCGCCACUUCUCUUCUCGCCCCGCACUGUACGAGCAAGCACAAAAGCAAAAACCUGUAAAGGACGAGGAGCCCCAGUCCACCAAGUCUACAGACUCUGAGGCCAACACAGCAGAGCAGGCUGCAGGCGACCAGGCAAGGAAAGAGGGCGAGGAAGCCAAAGAGAAGAAGGACGGAGAGGAGGAAUCUGGUGAACAGAAAGAGGGCGAGGAGGGCCAGAAAAAAAAGGAGGACGCGCCUCCACCUCCACCCCACGGUGACAAGACACCAUGGCAAGUCUUCACCGAGACCUUGAAGCAGGAGUUCCAGGCCUCCAAGGACUGGAAUGAGGGUACAAAGCAGUUGGGUGGUGCACUACACGACUUCCAGCAGAAUCCUAAUGUUCAGAAAGCUGGACAGAUUUCUGAAGCUGCCAAGACAAAGACAACAGAGGCAUUGAAGGCCACAGCAUCAGCUGUCGGUCACGGUGCGGCGUGGACAUGGGACACCAUGCCGGUCAAGGGCGUUCGCGCUGCUGCUAGGGUUACCGGAAGUGGCCUCGAAUACGCAACCCGACCAGUGCGACAAACCAAGGCCUUCCAGGCUGUGAAGGAGACCAUUGAUGAUGGUAGCUCGUCAAGAUACGGUGGAUGGGUCGAGAAGGAGGAGCGUAGGAAGAGGCGUGAGCUGCGCGAACUCAACGAACUCCAGAGAACAGGUGGUAGGACCUUGGGGCCAAUGGAAGAAGACCCAAACGCUGGUACCAAUGUCACUCUGCACAAGGACGCCAAGUACAAGGAAGUCUGGAGAGAGUGGAAGGACAACUCAAAGCUCGCCCAGGGCUUCUUCGGCAUGAAGACCGUCUACAGGGAGUCCGAAAACCCCCUCAUCGAGACUGCCCGCAGUAUCACCGACCGCAUCACUGGCUUCUUCGCCGAGAAUGAGACGGCCAUGGUCAUUAAGAGAUUCAGGGAAAUGGACCCCAACUUCCAAAUGGAACCUUUCCUGACCGAGAUGCGCGAAUACAUCCUCCCAGAAGUCUUGGACGCAUACGUCAAGGGCGAUAUCGCAGUCCUGAAAGAGUGGUUGUCAGCAGCACAAUACUCAGUCUACGCAGCGCUGAUGCAACAAUACCAAGCCGCAGGUCUGAAGUCUGACGGAAAGAUUGUCGAUAUCCGUGGUGUUGAUGUCCUGAACGCGAAACUGCUAGAGCCAGGAGAGAUCCCAGUCUUCAUCCUUACCUGCAGAACACAAGAAGUGCACGUAUACCGCAACGCCAAGUCUGGUGAACUCGCAUCCGGCAUGGAUGACAAGGUCCAACAAGUCACAUACGCUAUUGGUGUCACCAGGAUACCAGAAGACGUGAACAACCCCGAAACACGAGGAUGGAGAUUGAUCGAGCUGCAGAAGAGUGCUAGGGAUUACUACUGA